AUGGGAACCCAACGUUCACCCGAGAUCCCUUACCGUGAACAUGUGACGGAUGUGCCAGAGGACAUCACAGACAUUCAGGGUUUGCUCUCUUGGAUCAGUGAGGUGGCAAGAGCUGUUGAGGUCCCCCAUGAGAAGCGCAGCAGCUCUGCCCCAGAACGCCUCAUCGCUGAGCUUCCUGACGAGCCCAGGGACAGCAGAGAGCUCAGCACGGAGGCACAGGCUGCCACCGGAACCCCCACUGACCCCUUCUGGGGGCUUCCACCAUCCCCUGGGUUCCUGCCUGAGCUGCAGUGUGGGUUGUCACAGCUGCACCCCGUCGUGCCACCAGCGAGUGCCCGGCUCAGCCCACGGCCGACCACCCUGGCUGUCAGGACACCUCCCAAAGCAGCCCAAAGCACACAGCCCAUCAAGGAGGUGCAGAAAAGGCAGCCCCAGGAGGUUCCAGCAGAAAAGAAGAACAGGGGCAGCACCAAGCGGGCCAAGCGCCCUGUGCCUGCUGGCACCUCCCAGAAAGGGGAGAGCUCCCAGCAGGAGCAGCCCAGCAGCAGCGCCCCAGCCAAGAAAAGGAAGCUGCUGCCAUGCAAAGAAAGAAGAGAAAGACAAGGCCGCAAACACCUGGGCCAAGCGAAGCUGUCUGGGGCCAGCGCAGGAGCCAGCAGCAGUGGGCAAGCGGGCACUGCCAGCGAGCUGCGCGUGCACUUGUGCGAAUCCAUCCGGGCCGUGCACCCGCUGGGGCAGAGGGUGACUGCGGUGGGGCCGGUGCGCCAGCCACCCUCUGUGCAGCCCCAGCCUAUGACCAGCGCUAGCCCUGCUGCCCCCCAGCCCCAAGCUGGCGGCACGGACCGGGCAGCGCCGGCACCUCCAGGCGGCACAGCACGAGAGGAGGGCACCGCCAAGAAGACGGCGCCGAGCUGCCCGCGCCCAUCCUUGCGGAGGAGCUCACCGCUGCCGAGGGACCCACCGUCACAGCAGCACAAACCUCAGCCUGGACCACGGCGCCCCGUGGAAUUUGUGCCCUGCGUGGGGCCCCGGCUGCGUGGCGGCGCGGCACCCACAGUGCUGGAGGAGUCGCUGCCCAUCACAGCCGAGCAGCGGCCCGAGCGGGAGCACUUGAAGAAGCUGGCCCAGGAGGAGCGGCAGCGGGCGGCCCGGCAGAUGAAGAUCGGCCCCGUGCAGUUCCUGCUGCAGCGGGAGAUAGACAUGGCCAUAGCCGACCGGUACGGCUACCCGUAACCCUGCGCUCCUCACCGGCCCCGCAGCACCAGGUGGCAGCCGCAGCGUUCCAGGGGCACCACCAGCGGCCCCAUCCCUCCCCUCCUGAACCCAGCCGUCCUCCACAGUCAGCAGUGCGGUGGGAUGGGACGUUGUCUGGGCGCUCAGCUGUGGUGGGAUGGGAAUUGUAGGAUUUCUGUCGUUUCUGUUUCUCGUUGUAUUCUCAGAUAGGUUAUUAAAAGCUCUGUGUUUGUGUUUUGCUACGUCCCUCUGCCUGCAGUCAUUUCUGCUGUGUCACAGCCCCCCCAGCUCCCCACGCCCACCUCCGGGGCACCACAGAUGGCCACGGUGUCCCUCAGCUGCCACCAGCAGCCCCAGCCCUCCUCUCUCCCUGCAGUCCUUUGUGCAGCGGGAUGCAGAGGGCGUUUCACACAGCUCACCUGCGCUGCCCAGUGCUGUGAAUUGCCGUGGGGAUGGGCAGCAGGCAGGGCACAGGUGGAUGGAGGGGAAUCGCAUCAGGUCACCGUGGCCAGCAGAGACUCCGGCAGUGGCAGCAGGGGCAGUUCCCAUGGAGGGGGGAAGCAGGGGCAGCUGGGCCUGCCGUGCAGACGGACAGACAGGCAUCAAGAUGCCUCCCACGUCACGGCUCUUCUGCCCCCACGCUGUUUGGCUCCUGGCAGUUUUGUCUGCAGAUGGGGACCCGGCCAAGUCUGUACACCCAGACCAGGAUUUUCCAGCUGGCGGCCGCUCACGAGUGCUGUCCCCCAGGGCUGGGGACUGGGGCCACUCCUACUGAACACCUUUAUCAAUGACUUUGAGCAGGGCAUUGAGUGCACCCUCAGUGCAUUCACAGACAGCACCGAGUUCAGAGGGAGCACUGCUCUGCCAACCUGAGCAGUUCUGUGCUUCUACGCUUCUACGCUGCCAUAUCCAUUCCAAGUCCAUCCCGUAUCCAGAGCCCAGCCCAUAUAUAUCCCAUUUCCCGAUAUCCCAUCCUGUAUCCACCCCAUAUCCAUAU